AAAUUGCAACAGACGAAACGUUUUGCAAAUGAAUCAGCGUAACGAAUAGCUACACCCCAGAAAUAAAAAGCAUUUAUUUGGUUCGCGUCGUAUAAAGACAGAACGUGAUCUCGAUACUUGAACGAGGCUAUCUAACCCCGAUCCUAAUCUUUAAAAAAAAGUCGAUUUUGACAAAAGCUGUAUCUUGUCUAGACAAAACCACUGAACGUAAUACACAUCCGGGAAUGUAAACGCGAUUUAUAUCACAUCAUGUGUGACCUGGUGGAUUUGUUGUGACUCUUUCUCUUGUCGUUUACCUGUCAGUUUCUUAUGCAGAAUAAAGUUGAUGAAGCAAAGAUAUGAUGCAGUCUACACACCAUAAGGGAUGAAGUAACCGGCAAAACAAUGUUGAUCUGAAUUCAAAUACAUUAGUUAAGGAUAUCAUAUCAUCAGAAAGGGAUGUCAGAGAUGGACAGGGAAGCUCAUGCAGAAGAUGAGCCCAGAGGAGGGACUGGGUUAGUGGAUGCCUUUAAGAUCCUCUCUAAGGUCCCAUAUGAGAGACAGCUAAGCCUGACUUUCAAGUUGGGUGGCAGCCUGGCUGAGGAGCUGGUACAUGCCAUGUCUCUCAUCAGCCUCGGGAAGCGGUCAGAGGCACUGGACAAGCUCCAGGCUUUGGGAGACAACAACAUCAUUGCUAACCAUCUGGUUGAAAAGGUGAGAAUGUGUGGAGUCAAGUUGGAGGACUUAACAGUGAGCAUUGUUCCUUUCCAAGACUCUACCGUUGGCACCUUAGCAGACCUAGCGAGGAUUUUCAAGGUGUUGGCUGAGGAGAGGUUGUGUGACUCAUCUCUGAGGGAUUUGGCUUACCAGACGGCUCUAGCCACAUGCAAGCACAAUAACAGUGGUGAAGAGAGUUCUGAAUCAGAAUACAUACAGAUGCAGCUGAGAGAGGAAGCCAAACGGGUCUGCGGGCCUCAGAUUGAGGACACAGUUAGGGGGAAGUGUUUCCCUAAGGACUCCUCAUCAGGACUUUGCUCCAUCCCCCCACUGGACCAAGGGAGCACAGCUUUACAAAAAUCAGGCUUUCCCAAUCAGACAGGAAGUGGUCACAGUCCGCCGUCCUCCCUACGGGACGACACCUCCAUAUGUUCCUACCCUACUCACUUGGAGAUCAGUGUAUCCGAAACGGUUGGCUUUAAAACAAGCAACAUCCCUUCCCAGCCUCCUCCUCCAAUGAAUUUGGAGCCUGUGCAAUCACCUGUUCCAAAUUGUGGUACAAAUACAGGAGACGAAGGUGCAUUUAAAUACUUUUCCAGGGUUACUUCUCGGGAUACACCACCCACACAAAAUGUGCCUGAGCCUGUUAAAGGAGAAAUGGACAGAGUUACAAGUGUUGCAGUGUCUCGCGAACACAGAACAGGGUCAGAGGAGGUGAGAGUUUCACCCCUUUCUCCUUUCUCUUUUACUCCAGCUCACACUAAGUUUGAUAACCCUGAGAGUCCAAACGCACAUUCCGAACCAUGUCCAAAAAAUAACCUUGUGCCUACCUCAAACACCAAUAGGCCAACUUCUCAUCCGACUACCACUGAACCAGUGUCAGCAAGUGUUCCAUUGAAAACACCAAAUCAGAAGAUGGAGGAGGAGGAGGAAGCGUUUUUCUCCUUUGUCAUCUUGCAUGCAGCAGAGGACAAGGAUAUGGCUGAGAAGUUUAAAGAGAAACUAGAGGCUAUAGUUGUAGGUGAAGGAGCAACCUUCUCUCAGGAAUUUGCCGUCCCAGGCAGGAACACCCUCAUGUGUGUGGAGGAUGCCAUCAACAAUUCAGCCUUCACUAUCCUGAUGCUUACUCGCAACUUCAACACCCGUCUGCUGGAGGUAGAAACCAGUUCUGCGCUCAUGAAUGCCAUUGAGAACCGGCACAAGUACAACACUGUCAUCCCUUUUCUGCCACAGGAGAACCGUAUGCCCCGAGAGAACAUGCCCAAAGUUCUGAGGAUCUUUAUUCCGUUAGAGGAAGGUAAUGCCUUUGAGAAAAAGGCAAAAAGGGCCAUGGCUCCAGCAAAGAUUGCUCAACAGAGGACGGUGUGGUUGAGCGAGCAGGCAGUGAAGGCGCAGGUUAGGAGACAGGAGAGACUACGACUAGAGGAAAAGCUUCAAAUGGAUUUCAUUCGUGAAUGUCAGGAGACGAAAAGGCUAGAGAAUGAAAAAAUGCAGAGAUAUUUGUUGCAACAACAACUUGCCAAUCAACCCUCGACUCCCGCAAUGCCUCACUUUACUGCUCCAUUUUUAGGAAGUAUGCCUGUAAAUGUGUCCAAUAUGUCAGUGACACCACAGCAAGAUGGGUGGAGUCACCCAUCAGGAAACAUCCACAUUCAGAAUGCUCGCUAUAUCAUGUUUGGGAAUGACUCUAAAAUGACUGUCAGACAAGGUGGGGACAGCAGUGGGGAUGAAGAUGACAGGUUCUAAAUGGGAUAUGAUGUAAUAAAGGAGAGGAGGGUUAAAUGUGAUCUUGUGAAAGCUAGUUAUUCUGGAGUAAUCAUUUAGGGGUAUAUUCCACUUUUGGAAUAGAAAUCCUGUUUAUUUUCUUCUUGAAGACCAUUUUGUGUAUUGAUGGUGUUUUUACAUUGAAUAUGAUCAUAGUUCAAUGUUACAUUAGUUGAUUGCUUAAACAUUGUAUUUCCGAUGCCCUGUACCAUUUAAGAGAAUGUUCUCAUUUUGAAUCAACUGUCAUCGCUUGCAAAAGCUGUAAUUAAAAACAUCUGGAGACAAUGGUGCAGUCUCAGUCUCAGGUGCACAGAGAAUGAGAGGAUUGGUGCAAACUGGUGAAUAGGUAAUCAGAUUAGAUGAAAAAUGAGAAGUUUGUUUGGAUUUCAUUGGUGUAAUAUAAUUGUUUCCCUUUUAAAAUUC